AUGAAGCUCUUAUCAACCGCCGCUACCUUGCUGGUCUGCUUCGCUCCUCUCACCGUAUCGGGUCGGUCGAUCGCCCUCUUCGGAUCAUCGCAGGCUCCUAUCCAGGUCGACUCGGCUCUCUCUGUGCCAGGCGAAAACCCUCUUGAGUUCUGCAACGAUCCGUCUGAUUACCUCGCACAGAUUGAGUCUGUCGAUUUGGCUCCCAACCCUCCUCUUCCUGGCAAGACCCUUACCAUCAAGGCCAGGGGCACUUUCCGCCAGAAGAUUGAAGAGGGCGCCUACGUCCUUUUGCAGGUCAAAUAUGGCCUGAUCACUCUCAUCAAGCAGCAGGCUGAUCUUUGCGAACAAAUCGUCAAUGUGGACCUCAAGUGCCCACUGGAGGAAGGCGAGAUGUCUUUCACCAAAGAUGUUGACCUGCCUGCGCAUAUUCCUCCUGGAAAAUACUCCGUGCACGCCGAUGUGUUUACCAAGGACGACAAGCGCAUCACCUGCCUCGACGCCAAUAACAUCGAAUUCAAGAUUGGAAACUAG